CAAUACAUUUUGUAUUUUCUGUUUACUCAAGUUUUGUAUCCAAUCGUGUACAAUGUCCGUUUUCGACGGCGAAAUCGAAUUUCAGUCUGUUUACAUGGUUGAUUAUGCAAAGAAAAAUAAACCCAAGAGUCCUCGUCGCAAGGCAAUAGACGACGAUUGUCUCAUCGUAGGUCUGAGUCGCGAUUCUCUGAAAGCCCGUGAGGAACCACGCAAAUGCCCUGAUGUGCUGUGCCCUAUCGAUUUUGAACAUUACAAGUCAGCUGUUGAGAGGUUCGCUGAAGAUUACCCAGUAGCAACGAAAAAAUACAUGAGCAAGGACAUUGAUCCGACUCCUAUAGAUCAUGAGAUUCAGGACUUGAAAAGGACCGAGUAUCUAACGAAAUAUUGCUCCAGAGAACUACCCUUCAUGUCCGUAAACCUGGCGCGUCGAGCUCGCGCGCUGCAGACACUCCGCUUACCAGACGACAUCUACAUACCAGACACUAGCCAGAAGGGGUCGUAUCGACCCCCUAAGCCGGAGAAAUACGCAGACCCACCAGCCGCUAUGUCUAUGAAACCUAAGUUCGACAAUUCGUUGUCGAAGGAGCUACGUCGCAUCUUGCGCGUUCGCACCGGCGACACAAGUUACGGCGUCAGUCACGAUCUACUAGCGCGAGUUGUGUUAGAGAAGAACCCCUUUGGACCCCCACGGGAGGAACCCAAAUAUGGACGGUGGAAGAAUCGAUACUUUUAUACGUAUAGAUUGUAGUUUUGAUGGAUUGUAUGAUGUUGGUUUGGUAAUAAAGAUUUGAAAUGACA